AGCUCAUGAGAAGAAAAUGGCGGACUUGCGAAUAGCAUGUGCCAUUGCGAAUUUUACGCCAAUAAGUAGUAUUGUAAUUCAUAGUAAAACACGGAAUUGAUAGUAGUGAUGCCUUGGUUCUUCCCUUGGUCUGACUUCAUAAAGAAAAGGGCCUGUAGGUAUUUAUUACAGCAUUACCUCGGCCAUUUUCUGCAGGAAAAGCUGACGUUAGACCAGCUGACUGUGGAUCUUUACAAUGGAACCGGAAGAGUGGAUAAAGUUCCUCUGGACGUUUGGGUAGGUGAAGUCAGUUUAUAGAUAAAAUGGAACAAACUCUGGUGUCUUUACACGUUUAUGUAACAAGAUUUCAUAAACAGCCUAAAACAAAUUCACCUAAAUUGACCUUCAUACAUCACUUACUGUAAGCUUACAGGUAAUUUCAAUUUAUUUUGUCCAAUCCGAGAUCGUUUAUAAAUACAUGUAAGAGUUAAGCUUACGUUUUUUUUUCUCUUGUGGCAUUUUAAUUUUAGAUAGAUUUCUUAAGUCAGGUUUAUCUUGUGUUAUGCUAUGGCUUCUACAGGAUAAACUUAUUUUUUUAAAAAUUUUUGGUAAACAUUGCUUUGUUCUGUGGGAUAUACGGUGCCAAAAAUUGUUCUUUGCGUGUAUACAUCGACAGUUGGUAUAAGGUUUAAAAUAUUUAUAUCAUAUUUAGCUUUCAGUACAAUAUGCAUGGUGAUAUAUGUAUAUACAGUCGUACAUUGUAAGCAUACACUCAGAAAGAGCAUCAGAAAUACAUGUAGGGGAGCUUGUAAAUUUUAGUUUAUUUAAGAAGUCAACAACAAGUUUCCAGGGUCUAUAGUCUUACAAACCUUAGAUAUGGUGUCAAAACAUUUAUGUUCGAAUUGUAUGUGGAACCUCAACUGACACUGCAAAAUUUUGAACAUUUUGAUGCCAUUUCUAUUAUCUUUAAAAGGUAUAUUAGACCAAAUGGAAAAUGUCUGUUUAGUGUUGCAAUAAUAACAUUGACAGUUUUCAACUUCCCUUUUUGUUUGAAUUUUUUUUUCGGAAAAUUGUGCAAGAGACAAAGAAAAACAAAUUGCAUGGCCAUCCUUUAAUUUCCAUGGUCUUUUCUCUCAUCAUCGAGAGCUUUCAACCAAUCAACUCAUGAGAAAUUUUUCAGUUAUUGUAACAAAUGCGUUAGUAGCUGUGCCUCAGAAUUGCGAAGGCCAUGCUUGUGUUUAGCAAACUGGUUUGCUGCCGAUUUAGAUAACAGGCACUUCAGUCAAACAAAUUCGUGAUUAUUUAACUUGAGUUCCUGUAAGCUAAAGUCACCAGAGGAACUUUUAAGUACACUUCCAUAGUAGCAGACUUUGAAAUGUUAAUUUAUUUUUACUUACACCUGUUUCACAUUUUUUCAGUCUGUAAAUGAGAUGUUAGACAAUGCUGGUAUUCCACUGGAGAUCAUUGAUGGAUUCAUUGGUAGUAUCUCAGUUUCAGUCCCAUGGACAGCUCUUCUCAGUGAAAGCUGCUGUAUGGACAUUCAGGGUCUUGAGAUUACCAUUGCACCAAAGCAAAGGAUUGAAACAGGUUUGAAUUAAGUUCACCAUAGCUAUACAGUAGAUACCUGUAAUUUUGUUUGUUGGCUAUUAUUUUCUAAUCAACCUUCAUUUACACAACAUUUGUCAGUCUUUUACUUGGAAAUCUGGCCCUGUUUGUUCAAAAGUUGGAUAGCACUAUCCACCAGGGCUGAGUCAACCGUUCAAAGCUGGGUUAAGAUAACCCAGGGUUAGUGCGAAAUUUCAAUUCAGAUAUGAGAGCUCAAAAAGAAAAUUCAGUUUAAUUCUUUUCGUCUACAAUUUGAUGAUAGAACGCUCCAAAAGGGACAGAAGAAAUUAUCUGAGAAAGUGCUAUUGAUAAAGAGAAAAAGACACCUGGGUUAAAAUUUAACCCUGGGUUAGUGCUAAUCAGCCUUCGAACAACUGGACCCAGAUAAAUUGCUUUCCAGUGGAUACGUAUUACGAGAUCCAAUUGCAUUAUCCACUGGAUAGUGAUUUAUCCAGUACAUUAAAGUGCUAUCUACCUUUUGAACAAGUGGUGCCUGAUGCUUCUUUUUCUCUGUGUUGGUUAUCACUUUUUAUGUGGUAAAUACAGUCAAAAGGCACUAGUUGUAAAUGCACUUAGAAGGUUUUGUAGGUCUUAAUUGGUUGUUCAAGCUGAACUUGUCCCAUUUUUGUGCUUAAAAAAAGGAUUUCUUGCUUGCAUAAUAAUAUGUCAUGUAACUCAAUGGUGCGUCCUAGGUUGUUUGAUUACCAUUGACACUGUUUUGCAUAGGAGGAAGUAUGACUGAUUCUAUGAUAUGGAAUGCUAUGACCACAAGCAUGCAGCUGGCACAAGAAUGUUUGAAGGAAGGUCCAUCUACAGGGGAAGAACAAGCAGAAGCUAGUCCACCGUUUGAGGGUCUAGAGUCCUUUGCUCAAACCAUAGAAUCUGGUAUGUACAUAUUAGUGUACACGUAUUUCAAGUACAAGUAUUACCAUGAAAUUGCUACCUUCCCGUUGAUCAUGUCCUCUUCCCAGCUCUGAAAAAAAACUUGAAUUCCAGCAUGCCCUUUGGGCAAGCAGCUCUCACGUUUUUUGUUUGCCUGGGACAACUACUUACUUUACUUAGCCAAUGAUUUAGGUGGAAGAUGACUUGCCUGGCCUCCCUUGCCCAUCAAGCAAGUGAGAUUUUACAGUACACCCAGCAAGAAAAGCUACUGUUCCCAGACAACCGGAUUUUGAGCCCCACUUUCUGGAAUUUUUGUUCUUUAAUCUGAAAAUUAUACCUUGUGGUUUUUCACUGUUGUUGGUGGUGGUAAUUUCUUUUGAUUUAGUAGCUGUUUUGACUGGUGUUUGGAAUCAGCUGAGAUUUCGUAAUAUACAAUUAUUGAUCAUCACAAAGAAUUGCAUUGACCCAAUUGUUUGAUCCGACUGAUUAUAAUAAAUUGGAAAAAUCCCUUAAUUAUAAGAAAUCCAUUGAUAUGUGAUUGUGUGCAAGUCAAAGUAAUUUAAACUGAAGGUAAGUUUUUCCAUAUACGCCCAAUCGAAUGUAAAUGAAACAAAACCCUCACGGACCAAUAUAGACAAAAAGGAGUCCAUUGAAAACACAACACCCAAUUGCUAAUCUUUUUUGUGAACGAUAAUUUUUUUUUAUUUUUCUACAACCACAAUGGAUUGAACAUUUUCCAUGAUUGAUUAUUGCCUUGUCUAAGCUUUUUGAUCCGUUAUUGAUUGUAAUUUAAAUAGCUGCACACCACUGGUAUCCAAGUCCCUAUAACAAUAAAAUUACUAGGCAAUUUGGUAGGACUAAGUAACCCUUUUUAUAAGAGAGGGUUGGCUGUUAUAAAGUGAAGUGUACAGCUGUACAUUAUUAAAGAGCAGUUUUCCUAUAUUAUCAUACAUUAGAGUCAGGUAUAAAUGUGUCUUUUAAUAAUAUUUGCAGUGUUGGCAAGAGUGAAGCUUUCCUUUACAGACACCGUGAUUAGAUUUGAGCAUUUACCCAGAGACACAAAAACAGGAAUAGGAUUAGAAAUACACAUUAAAAGGUAAGUUAAGUCCCUGUCGGAGCCUCGAUAGUAGGCUACAGAUGCCAUAAAAAUCAAUAGUAAAGAAAUAAUAAAAAUACAAACAACCUAGAAGUCGGCUGCUAAAAGUCAUAAACUACAUGUACCUUUGUGUGACCUGCUAACUUUUGUACAGCAUAUCCAUUGUAAAGCUUGGAGAGUUAUCAAAUGAAAGCUAUUAUAAUUCUCCACUUAAAUUUAACCUGUCCUUUAAUUGCAGAAUUGAAUACUCAGACUUAUCAACAGAGCUUGCCGAGAGGGAUAGUCACUAUAAAGCCAAAAGCGUCUAUGAGCCUGCAGCUUGUGCUUGCAAGAAUCUCAAGAUCUUUGGAGUUUCUGUUCACUUAGAUGAAUUCCCAGAGGAGUCUAGAACCAUUCUGCAAGUUCCAGAUUAUCCUUAUUCACCACCACCCUCCCCUGGUAGUGGGUCUUCAUCUCCACCUCUCCACUACCCCCACAGUUCUCUUGAGGGAGUGUCCAUGUCAGCUGAGCAGUUCCACAGCCCUCCUCUCUCAGGGGUGCUUUUACCACCAAUCAAGGUUGCCACAUUUGCUGGUCACUCAGAAAUCAAAUUGAAGCUCAAGCAGAAUGCUGCUGUACCAGGACCCAGGGUGAGUUUGAAGAAACUGCUAAAUUACAAUGUAUGUUAAAAAUUGCAGUAAAACCUAGUUUAAUGCAGAGGAUGAAUGCUUUAAUUCAUGAACUUUAACUUGACUGUUUCUGGAAUCAUAUUUUUCGGAGAAACUUGCAAACAGUUUGUUAAUGAAAUUUGCACUAGAUGGUUUUUGUGAAAAGAAGGUCUUGUCCUGACAAAUGAAAAUAAUUAUCAAGAAAUCUUGUCUUUGUGUACAACCAUGACUGUACAGUUGAGUGGAGUAGUGGCUACAGUAGUUCAUGUUUGUGGCUGGUAUAAUUCCAAAACUUUAUCCCCAGCACCAACUCUUUUGUCUUAAUUGAAUAUUUUAAAACCAAGUUAAAUUUUGUUUUCCUUCACAACAGACGUUGGUAUUGGUUCAGAGAGAAAGGAAACUUGAUAAAAAUAUUCUUAUCAAAAAUAAAUUCAGCUGAAUUCCAUGACUUAUCUUGUACAUUUUUUGGAAUAUGUACAUGUAGUAGCCCUGGCCUGAAAUGAGCCUUGUGCUAACCUUUAUGUAUAACAGCUGGUCUGCCACAAGAUAUAAUUCUGUGCAAUUUAAUAAAUUUGUUACUUAUCAAUCUUUUUGCUUUUACUAUAGUUAUUUAAAAUGGCUUACUUUUCAGAUGGAUUUUGAAUGCUUUAUUGGAACACUGAAUGUAUUCCUGUCUCCCAGACAAGUUCACUUGCUCACAGAAUUAGCAAGUGGUUUUUCAUCUCCAGGUUUGUUUUGAGGCAAUGUCACAUGAGGUCUUUUUUUUUGCUGGCUUUACUAUCCGUAAACAAGAUAAAGGACCACCUAUAGUUAAGGCAGAAUUAGAAAAAAAGGCACUUGGUUGACACUCACUUCAUUCUCUGGUUGUAUUUUAUUUAAUUGUAUUUUAUAACUGUUGACCGCACCAAUGCAUAGUUUGCAUAUUUUCAAUACUUUGUUAUUACAAUAUUGUGCCUUUUUCUUUGCUCAAUUCACAUUUGGUGAUCCUUCAACACAUCUAUAAGAUAGAGUCUUACGUACAUACAUGUGUGUGAUUCUUUUGCAGUAAUAAUUAAUUUUUGUUCAUUCAUUGAUGUCAUACAUUCUGCAAGAAUUAGCAAUCAACAACUUCCUUUCCCUGAGUAAUAACUUUAGAUUAAAAAUCUCUGCACAGCAUAGCUGCUUAAUGUUCAGUUGAAAGUUAUAAAAUCUAUUCUGUAGGAAGAUCUUAAACCCACAUUUCAGCAAUGCUGCCUUCUUUGGGGUACAAAUCUAUGACAUGAGCUAAUUUAACAAAAUUUUUACUGGUCAAUAGUUUUGUACCCUGAAGAAGGCGGCAUUGCUGAAACUUCAGGUUAAGAUUUUCUUACAGCAUGGAUUUAAUAACUUUCAAAUGAACUUCCAUUACCACCUACCUCGGAAACAGGUAGUAACCAGAAACCUGUAAUAUUAUUUUAAUUAUUGCUUUGAUCGGUAAAAACGAAUCUCAAAAAUCUAUUUUCUUUUUCUUCUAGAUGUGGCUGGUCCUACCGCAGUAAAAGGGCACUCAGUCAAUAAACCCAUGCAACCGGAAGACUACCAAAAAAUAGAACAAGACUUACAGAACCAGCUUAUGUCUAAAAAACAGCAAGAACAAAGACAUCAACAGGGACAGCAGAGGGUGGACUCAUGGAAUUUUAACUUUGACUCUUGUUUGUCAAAUGACAUACUUUCCCAUUCCCCCUCAGGUGCUGAAUAUGACAGCAUCUCAGGGGAGGGGGAGGAGGAAACUUUCUUUUCAAUGUCGUCAGUUCACGAUGUGCUCCCUCCUUUAGAAGAACCUGUCUUGCCAGCUGACAUGCUGGGAAUAAAUCAGUCGCUAUCUGGAAAUCUGCUACAGUCACCAGAAUUCUCUCCUUUAGGAAGUCAACAGUCAUUGCCUUAUAAUUUCAUGAACACUAUAGCAUGUGAUAAGAGAUUUGUGAGUCCAAAAAUUCAACCCCAAGGUAAGCCCUGAGAUUAUCAUUAUGAUCACGAUACUACCUUUAUAUGGAUGGUGAGGUGUUUACCCUAUUUGCCCAAAUGCCCGAAAGUGCCCGUUCUUCCAGUUUUUACCUAAGGAAAAGAACAUGAGGUACAAUCUUAGAAAUACGUCAGUCUCUGUCCCUAGAAUCUACACUGAGAGGUUUAAGAACAUUUUUAGUAACAGAAUAAUUUUUAGAUAUGAUAUGUAAAUAGUUUUUUGAGUUUAUAUUGUAACUUAGGAUAUGUGAUUUUAUCUUAAGAAAUAAAGAUUAUUAUUAUUUAUUAUUAUUAUUUAUUAUUAUUAUUUGCCCUGAACUUUUCACUCACAAUGUCAUAGCCAGUUAAAAGUACUUUGGUUGGUUGUUUCUGGUCAUCAGUAAGACAGUAAGACUAACCAAAACUCUGUUACCAAUUCAGAAACUACGCGUUUUUUUUUCUUUCUGGUAAAAAAUACCUGGAAAGUUUAGCCCAGAAAAAUAUAUGUACUGUAGUGUGUUUUAAAAAUGUCGGACGACAUUCAAGUGUUGAGGGUCACUUGAGUCACUCAUUUUGCAAGAGUUUGAGAACAAUUUUUGAACCUAAUAUACGGCAGAGUCACAGUGACCAUUUGGCCGGUAGUGUACAGGUAGUGUAGGAAAUAUGUGUAGUUCUGUAAGUACAUGUACUUGAUGUAAUUGAUAGGCCUUCAAGGAAGGUGCUAAGAGAUUUCUGAUCAUGCACAACAGAUGUUUUUACUGAUACGGUGGCCAUAUUGAAUUAAUUCGAUUUAACGAGUAUUAUAGGAUGCCCAGGGGGCAUGAGAACAUUUCGUUUGUAUUUUUGAGUGCUUUCUGGGACAUUUUUUCUUAAAGUUUUCUUAGAAUAAGAAUGUAAUGAGAGAGAAGAUCACUGUGCCGUGUUUGGAUGCAAUAAUGAUCGCCUUUUUCUAGUUUAGUAUUAGAAAUAUGGUCUUUCACGAAAUGUGCUCAUGCCUCCUGAGCAUCUUAUAAUACUCCUUAAAUCGAAUUAAUUCAAUAUGGCCACCAUAUCGGUAAAGAGGUCUAUUGGGUGCGACAAAUCCCCUAACCACAAUUAAUUUAAUUGAUGACUUGAGUGUCUAUAUUUUAAUUUGUAUUGGUUUAGGAAGUUCCUUCGCAGAAGCUGCUAAUGCAGUGUUUGUCAAAGCCAAGUCGUCUGCAUCAGCUGUUCAUGAAUGGAGAACAGGUUAGCAGUAGUAUUUCAAGGUUACUCUGCUUGGGCAAGCUUGAGACACACGGCCGUUUGCCAUAAGUUUUAUAACAUAAUCAAAGAUAAACUCUUUUCAAUUAAUUGCUUACACGAUUAGUAGGUGAAUGAAGAGUGUCGUCUUUGUUCGCGCGUUAUGGAUCCGUAUACAAAUCAUUUUUAAAUCAUUCUUUGCAAAGACUCUUUCGAGUCUUUCGCUGUGGUGCCUCCAACUCUUACAGCCCUAAGUGAAACUGGUUAAGGACAAGUCGAAUUUUUGUCGUAUGGGAUGUGAUAUGAUUGAAUAUGUAUAUUGCCAUUUAGAAUUUAGGUUUGACUGUUGAUCUGCUUAGUUUUCCGAGCGAGCUGGUCAUCAUGCGUCUCGUGACAAAAGGACGGCAAUACUACUUUUCUUUUAUAUUCAUGUUAGUUUAUAGGUCCUCCUUUGCCUCGAUUACACCUGCAGAAAAGAAAAAAGAACAAGGCAUCGUGGGCCAAUUAUCGUAAAGACAAAAGAAUAAAAAAUGCCAUUUUGGAAUAAACUGUAUAGCUAGGGAGAGGUGACAAGUCCACUCCUUUCCCGUCGCGGCUUGACCACAGUGCUCAGUUUCCUUGUAAAAUUAGUGAGUUUAUGCAACAGGGAGGCGGAAAGAAGAGGACGGCAAGACGUUUAUGUGUCGCAAAGGGAUAUUACUUGCGAUUGUCGCGAGCUUCACUUAGCAACAGUGUGUUCUAGUCUUUUAUAAACCGAUGCGUUCAAAGGAAGGUGAAGUUUGGCGGAAUUUUUAUUUUUGAAACAAAAUUAUUGUCUCUUUUGUAACACAAGUUUUGCCGUCUUCUUUUCUUCGCCGUCCUUUAGCGUAAGGUGCCUAUGCCCUGCAAAACGGAAUAUGGAGUUGGUGGUCGCGUUCCCGAGGGGUGGGAGGGUUGGGGGGGGGGGGAAGGGAGAGAAAAGUACUGCCAUCAACUGCUAGGAAAAAUGUUACUGAAUACUUUAACUAGAAAAAGUGCUCCAUUUUAGAUGGUGUUCAAGCAAGACGUGGUGUAUCAUUAGCUAACCCUGGUCUAGCUGGUAUAGCCGCACUAGAUGAUCCCUGCCCUGAUGUGAUUAAAUUGAGUAUCAAGCUUUCUAGUCUGGCCAUCACAGUUCUCCAUAUUGACCCAGUAUCGCCACCAUCAUCAGAGCUUACAGGGUCACUCGAUGAUGAUGCUGAUGUCACCCAUCCACUUGCUCACAUGGCAGACAAGUUCUUCUCCAACCUUGGUACCUAUGGAUUUGGGGGAAAAGACUUUGAGGACAUGGCAGAAAAGUUUGCUGUUGCUUGUACAAAAGAUCAUUUGAGGUACCUGAUGAUCUUGUAAACGAAGCAAAAAUGUCUUUUAAAGCUUCCACUCCUUUGAGUUGUACUAUAUUUAACAAUUAUUCCUCGAGCCUGAAUGGGCUCUGAGUCAAUAGCCCACGAGGCCAAAGGCCGACUGGACUAUUGACUUAGAGCCUAUAUAUUCAACGGACGCAGCUUUUAGAAAAGUUCGUUAUAAAGUCGCACGCGACAACUGGAAAUUGCCACGAGCGGCGCGUGGUAUCGAGUGUUUCGAUUUUUAUCAGUUAAUCAUCGUUUAUCAUUUCCGAACAUGCGCGUUAUAAUGCCAAACUGUAAGUGCCUUUCUAAAUUGCAGCAUCAACAUAAUCCUUCCAAGUUUUUUGAAGAUGCAAAUGUAGUCUCGCCGAUGUGCAAAAUCGCUUUUGAAUAACAAGACAAAGACAUCAGUUCAUUCUCUCGAAUCUCCUGGUUUGAGGGAAAGGGGCGGCUGAAUACAGGCUAGAUAACAUUAUUGCAUUUCCCAUCUAAAUGGAAAUAUAAUUUGCUAUUUUAAGCAAACAACAAUGCACCGCAAAAAGUGUUUGUUAAACUCAGAUGAUUUUUUUGUUUUUACAGGUGCAUGGCUGCCCCUGUCUCAUUUGAAUUUGAAAGGACAGUGAGCAGUUCAAAUCAAACAGGUAAAUGUGAACUGUCAGCUGGUAAACUGGAGCUGAGUGAGUGUUUAUUUGAGAGAUCAUCGGCAUCAGCACCUUCACAAACUCCUUAUUCAACUACACAGGUAAGAAAACAACCCCGACCAGUGCUCGACUUUCAGAAAAAAAUCUUGGGGCCAACUGGCCCCCAAGUUUUCAUUUUUGGUCGCCAGAACAAGUAUUCUAGUCGCCAAAAAUUGUAUUUAAGAACUAAUGGGAUAAAAUAAACUUAACAUCUUUAACUUAGCCUUAACAGAAAAUGAAUGGUUUAGACUUCCUUUGAACUUUCUUUCGAAUGGUUUUCGCUGACGCUCGAUUACCAGCCGGUGUUCUGUAAAAUGAAUCCGCACUCAAGCGUAAAUCUCCUCAAACAGGUAUUCAAGCUUAAGGUUCAGGAAAUGGAAUACACAUUAAAAAAACAAAAUUUAGGAAUCACAAAAAAACUUAUUUGGGUUAUGAAAGAACAAAAUCUGCAAAAUUUGUUUUGCGUCCCAUGUAUUUGCAUGUUCAGAACUGAACAUCGGUGAAACUUCAUCUAUUGCGCGGUUGCCUAACACGUGAUCGAAAGUCUCCAGAAAGACCAGAAAGAGGAAACGUUGCUAAUGUUUUCGGGCAAAGAAGUUGAUUUCGCGAGAAGUCUGUUAGACAAACAGCAUGACUUCAACUUUACUUAAUUAGAAGUCAAUAAAAUACGGCAGAGCUUUUAUUUGCGUCGUCACGCUUAACAGAAAUUUGCGUAAAGUUGUUUACAAGAAUUGCGAAGCUCGAGAAGUAAGCGCCGUUCGUUCUCGAUUAGCUUCGAUUAGCUUGAGCUUUUAUCAGACUAAUCUGUUAUCGAGUCCGCAAUCGAGAUACAUGUUCGACAUAAAGAAAUUGUUUUAAAUAUCGAUGCGCUUAAAGUCAUUCCCGGAGAAACACGGGACGAUCUGUUGAGAAUUGCGAUCGAUUUGUCCGAAAGUCGAUUAAAGUCUUCCGUCGAAUUCAUUCAUUUCACAAUCCUCUUUCAAGUAAACGUAGAUUAGAGUGUUGGAAGAAAUCGUUAAAGCCUUUAGACAAAUCGUUAAAACGUUUAGACAAACCGUUAGAGCGUUUGGGCAAAACGUUAGAGCGUUAGAAAAACCGUUAGCUAUCCGUUAGUUGUGUAAAGGAUAACAAAUUAUCAUUAGUGUACGUUUACCCAAAGAAAAAAGUCACCUAUCUUGGGGGCCAGGUUGGCGACCAGGCGUGAAAAUUUAGUCGCCACUGAGUAAAAGCUGGUCGCAUUGGCGACCCCACGGGUCGCAACGUCGAGCCCUGGCCCGACUCCUUCAGUCCUUCUAUUAGGUAGCGUUUAUUAUAAAAAGUAAAAUUUUAUCCUUGCCAUGAAGAAAAGAACGGAGAGCAGUGGUACAAAGGGAUGUACGUGGGUAGGAUCUAUCUCUAGCCUCUUGUGCUGCGGUAGUUUUUUUCUUUAUAACAGAAACCAGCUCCAUUCCUCGGGUGCGAGUUCGGCGUCCGGUCGGCUUUCUGAAUUACGGACUUCUAUCGUACCUAUUUGCUCAAAACUCGAUAGGAUUAACAGUUAAAUUUUCGUUAAAAACUGUAAUUAAAAACUAUCCUCUUAAUACCCAGCUCACCAAGGUGUUUUCUCUCUCUUAUUUUUUUUUCAGUUGCUAAAAUUCUUAUCAAGUGAAAGCCAAGCAGCACCUCUUUAUGGAUAUACUUCAACUUCUCCCCGACCCUGUCUCAAACUCAAGUACACGAGCACUCAGAGAACAACUUCUCCGGUAAAUUAUAUCAUUCUAAUACACAUGUUAUGAUAAACUGUAUUAAUAGUUAAACUUUUGUAAUUUAGUCGCCUUAGUUGUAUAAUGGAGACUAAAGAUCCCGGGGACGAGGACGGCUACCGUGCAAGAAAGAGAUUUGAGUUCAAAGUUUUUUCUUCGCGUAUUCUCAAAAAAGAAAUACCCCAGAAAGUUUUAUUUUACUUUUUAUCACCAGAACGAAUUACUUUUAUUGAGGGAGAUUAAGCCCUUUCCCGAUCGCAAAAUGAUAAAACUUCGAGCAUUUUGACAUUUCGACAUUUGGACAUUUUCGCUAAAACCUGUGGUUCAAGCACGCGCCCAUUACUUAGCAUUUAGAAAAUCUCAUCCAUAAAUAAUCUUCCCUGUUAAAACAUUAAAGAAUUCGUGGUCCUUUGAGCCUUGAAAGUCCUCAUAACUGCCAAAUGUUAGAUUCAUGUACAUGUAGGUUCUUUUUAUUUUGCGGUCAGGAUUUUAAGCCAAAUUCAAUCAAUUCGUAAACCUAUUGAUCCCCUCUUCUUCUUUAUUCUAAGUGGGUCCGCCAUUUCAAGUACACUUAUCAGGAAUUUUUCUCUUAUGCAAUGCAAGUUAACCGUUUUCUGUCACCCUAUAUUUUGCAGGGUGUUGUUCAAGGUCGUAAUGUUGUGUUGCCCAAGUCUGAGUUAUCACUGGAGCUAGGUAGCUUGCUUUGUGAGUUAGAUAUCUCUAUAGUGGAUAGAUUGACAGCUCUGUUGGAUCCGCAGCCUUUGUUUAUGAACCAUGGCUCAAACAUCCAAUCCCGGAUGUUCCGUUCCUGUAAUCCAUCAAUAGUGGUAAGCUUAUUUAUUUUUAUUGCCAUUCAUGACCUAAGAACAAAAGGCGCAUGCGUGGAGAGUUCUGAUCCGUUACUUUAUGGGCUGCUUACUUGAUAUAAAAUGCGAUAAAUGUAUUAUCUACAAAAUAAUGUUUAGUGAUAAAGCAGUGAUGCAGAGAAACCUUUGUGAAUUAGACACGAUAUAAAUAAGAACACAUUUGAUGUGCUAGCUUGAUUGGCAUGGAUAAACGACUUUACCAUUGAAUGGAUGAUUAUGUCAUAGUUUUCACUACCUUACAGAACCAACAAGCAGUGUUUACUCAAGCUAUGGAAGAUACUCCCACAGUGGAGCAGCCUUUUAACCUUCACUUGUCCUGUCCUUUACUUACUAUUGUUUUGAGGUAGGUUUCUAAUCUGGUUGAAGAAUCCUGUUUUACGGAGACCUCCUUCGCCAUUAAACCCCUUUACUAAACAGUUCUGUCAGUUCCUCCCUAAAAGUCCGGUGGCGCAUAACGAAUUAACUACAUUUAUUUGACCAUUUGUUUUUUCGGUUUCUCGAUUGCGACUGACCCAUCGUAUCUGAGAGAGCUAAAAGAGAUGUUAAACUGGCCCCGGUUGCUCAAAAAUGGGAUAGUGCUAUCCACCAAAUAAAUUAUUAUCUUGGCCCUGGUUUUUCAUAAGUAGGAUAGCGCUAUUCACCGGAUAAAUCGCUAUUCAGUGGUUAAGUCUAUCGAAAUCCAAUUGCGUUAUUCAGUCUCAUCCACUGGACUGAGUUGUUCAAAAGGUGGAUAAUGCUAUGCACUGGAUAAAUCUCUCUCCUGUGAAUAGCGUAAGUAGGUUUCCCUACAUACUUCAUGGAUAGUGAUUUAUCCGGUGGAUAGCGCUAUCCACCCUUUCAAAGGGUUUAUUCUAGAGCGCGGCCUUACGGGAUUUCCGCAAUUUGGAAAAAGUGUCGCAUAAAAUUUACGUUGCCGAGUCAAAUGGGGCGCAAAAAACAUAGACCCAAGUAUAAGUAAGGAUAAAGUAUUCGAAAAGAUCACUGACAACAACACUGACUUGACGGCCUCUGUAUAAACUUACUUUGAACUUUUAUAGCCUCUUACAGUCUGAAUUGCCUUUCUCUUCUUCGUUUGAGUCAUUAUUAAUUUUCACCAGACAAACAUCCGGGAUUCUGCAGUAAUUCGAGCCCGGGCUUUUCCAGUUGCUCACGGCCCAGUUGUUCGAAGGCCGAUUGGCGCUAACCCAGGGUUAAAUUUUAACCGGGUUUCUUUUUCUUUCGUUCAAAAGCGCUUUCCCGGAUAAUUUUCUUUUUUUUUUUUUAGAGCAUCCAAUCAUCAAUUGUAGGCAAAAAGAAUUCAACUGAAUUUGCUUCUCAAGCUUUCAUAUAUGAAAUCAAAUUUCGCACUAACCCUGGGUUAACUUAACCCUGCUUUGAACAACCCGGCCCAGAAUGUUCCAAAAUGGCGGCAAAGCGUCCGGCGAGGCCGACCCAUGUAGAAUCCUUUUUGGGGACCCCCUUUCUUGAAAACGGGCCCCCUAAAAUUACAGAAGGGGGCCCAUUUGACCCUCAUUGGCCAAUUUCUAGAAUAAACCCUACUUUAAACAGCCGGGAUUUGAACAGUAACGCCAGCCCUUAAUAUUUACAUGUCAUAUGUCUCGUCGCUCUUGUAAAAGUUUACCAAGUAAUUUUCAUCUUUGUUUUACCAGAUUUCCUAUUCCUGAUUUACGGCCUCCUGUUGAUCGGCGUCCCUGGUGGAAACAGUCCUUGAGAAAUGAGCGUCUAACGUUCGAGUUUUCAGCUGUAGAAUUUAAUACUUCUUUCACAGGCCCUGACCUCCCUUCACACUAUAACUUCAGCUUCAAGGAAUUAAACGGUUUGUGAACAUUUUCUGUUUACUUCUGUUCUUUCUAACAGAUGAUACUUUGAAGUGUUUUAAAAUAAGGCUUAGUAAUUAUGAAGAUUAUUCUUAAAUCUUAAAAAAUUGUUGAAAAAUAGAAGUAUAAUUAACUAAGGUGGAACGUCUUUUAAGGGACGAACCUUAUUUACGCGACCACGUCUUCCUCCUUGGAAGCUGCCACUAAAUAAACGUUCGAUUUAUUGUGUACUAUAACUCAUGUUUAGUUCCAACAAAUAUUGCUUUAAAAUGAUUUCUCGGCGUUUUCAAGGGGUAGAAAAGUCACACAAGGUAUUAGCAAUGAAGAAUAGGUCAUUGAAGUACCCAAUCAGUUGUAUGGUGGACGUAGCUAUCUGUCACAUUUGACGCGAAAGUGGUGAUGUUAAUGAGAAUUGAAAUCAGGAUUGUGGCAAUACAGUGUACGUGAUGGUGGUGAUGUUGUUGUUGUUGUCGAUGAUGAUGAUGGCGAAGGUCUGAUAAUUAUUAAGCAGAUGGUGAUGUUGGUGCAAGCUUUUGCAGGAUUCUUGCUUUGUUUUGUGAUAGGGCAGUACAUUAUAGACAGAUUUUUAACUGAAGGUAUUUUCUAUUUAACCUUUUUCUUAGGUUACUUUCAAAAGGACAGUAGCAGUAGUAGCGUGCCCGUUAUUAACGCUAGACAUGGUCAGUCUGAUAAUGAUACUACAGGAAAUGGUGGUUUUGAUUGGCCAAGGUAAAUUUUAAUGAACAUUUUGCUUCACUCAUAUCAAUCACAAGGAAGACCCUGCUAUGGGGGCUCAGUCAUUUCCCUUCCAUUCAUCUCAAGUCAAGAAAAAUAAUAAUAAUUUAAUAAUUUUAUUACUUAUAACGCGCAAAUUCUCAUAUGUAUAUGAUCAAAUGCGCGCAAAAAGUCAGUUUUUAGCAAAUAGUAUUCCAAGCGAAGGAAGAGACUGCCGAACGGGUCUGAUCUGAAUAAUCCCACCAAACGAUUCCAUCCACCGACUAAUGCAAAAUUUAGCAGUACAUUGCAUUUUGUCUUUUUAUAUACUGAGUAUGAAAGGGUUAAGAAAAAUUCUUUCGCAUGGAAUAACGAAGAGUAUUGCUUAUUUCUUCAGGAUAAGAUGCUUGUCCACCUUAAGGCUUAUACACCUGUGGGUGGGAAAAAAUUAUCUCGAGGGCAUGUCCAGGACUUAAAUAGCCUUCCUUUGAUAUGGGAAGAUCUCAAAGCUUGUUGGUGUUUGCUGAGUUUGGAGAAGUUACCGUGUUGCACGAACCCUCGUGAAAUAUUAGAGAGCUUCACAAGAAUGAGUUUCAUUAUCUUGUGUUUGUAGUCUUACUACAACUUUUUUGCAAAUUUAGGCGUACUUAACUUUCGUUACCUUUACUUAUUUUUGUAGAAUUGUAAUCACAGUUCAGCCACCCGCUCCUCUGUCCGCUUUGGAGGAAGUCCAAUCAUCAGAUAACUCUCCACUCAGUUCUUUAGAUGCUUAUCCUGUAAUGAAAGCCGAACCUUCGCCUUUCUCUUCCAAACCGGUCAUGUUUGAAACCGAGGAGGUGAGUACUUUCCGGUACUUCGAACCUGUGCUAGUGAAAUGCUUGGCGCGUAAACUCCAAAGGGUGUAUUACUGGGCGUUGGCUAACACCUUUGUUACCGUAGUACCCACACUAGCUUGGUGCUUUCUAUAUAUCCCUGACGUCGUUCAACCGAAUCCCAUCGUGGUUGUCUGCAACUAUUCCUUUUGUUUUGAAAAGUGACUUGCCUGAAUCUUAGCCAAUACGGUCAAAACGUCUUUUGUCUGGUGUCAGAACUGACUGGAAGCAGUUUAUCAUGAGAAGACUCGAAUUUGAACUAUUCUCUUUCCUUUUAGCUUUUAAUGCCAGGAAGCCAGGAAGAAAUGAAAGCAUUUCAGGAUGAGACAGUGUCGUCAUCCAAGGUCCAUGUUGAAUGUACCUUUCCCCUGUUGGAUGUCAAUUUACACACAAAGGACGUGUUUGAGAACAUAUACAACAGGUAAGGUGAUGCCACAGGGUGCCCAAACGUACAAAUAUUUACAACAGUUAAGGUGAUGUCACAGGUUACCUACACUUACGCAUAAAGGAGGUGUUUGAGAACAAUCAACAGGUAAGUUGAUGCUACAGGCUACCCAAACUUAUACACUAAAGUCGAUGCCACAGGCUAUCCAAACGUACCCACAAAGGACCUGUUUGAGAACAUACAACAGGUUAGAACUGUAAAGGAAAUAUCAAUCGGAUUGUUAUUGUUGUUUUCAUUGUGCAGAUUGGCGAGUGACUUGUUGCUGUGGGAACCUAUGGCUCCCUCCCCUGUGGACCGGCCUGACCAAUGUGGGUUCAACAUUGGCACAGGGUUGGACCUAGCAAGUCAGAUGCUACAGGCGCAAGGACCUGACCGAUUUGUCAUGUGCAGAUCUGGCUUACGAAGUUACGAUGAUGGUAACUUUUAAGUUUCUAUCCUGAUUCCGUACUUUCUGCGAGUUUAGGGUAGAAGCGCAACUGAGUUCGUUCAGGAGCUAUGCACAAAAUGUACAAACCCAAACAAAAUAGCACGGUUCAUCAAGCCCUCCCCCGAGCACAAAGUGAUAAAACUUCUACUAUUUGAUAACGUUUUUCCGCCACUAUGGCGUUCUCGCUAAGACUCGUCGUAGAAUCGACAGGUAUUAUGUUUCCCCGCCAAAUUGACGCUGGUGCACGCGCGUGCGCACUACUUAGUAUUGAGAAAAUCUUUUCUCCUAGUCGUCCUCUUCUUAGAAUCUAAAGAACUGUAAUGUGAAGAUGUCAACGGAACGCUCGACAAUUAAUAGUCCGACUUCGGGUUCUCUGUGAGCGACGCGCUUUUAAAAAUACGUUCCAAGGGUCCCCCUUUUUGUACCAAAGAUAUUUGACAGUGUUAUUACCGUCCUUCUUUUUAAAACAGAUGUAUCCUCGUCUGAAGAUGGCAGUAGCAAUAUAACAUCGCUGGAAAACAAGUACAGGCGUAACAACUCAAUUCCUAAUGGACAGACACCAAUCACGCUUUCUCUUAAUGUCAGCAAGGCCAGACUGGCUGUUUUCCCUGUCAGCGAGGUAAUAAAUUGAGAUUCAGUCCUAAUAUUGAAACCUAUAACGUCUCCUAUUCGUAAUUCAAUUCUUAUUUCUCCCAAUGUCUCUAUACUAACCACCCAAGAAGAAAGAUCAGCGGAAUUCGCCAUCUUAGAAAACAGUGCCUGUCCGAAGUCGAAAACACUUCUUCAGAUGGGAUGAUGUGUUUUUAAACCAAGUUUGUGCGAUUUGUCGCACCAGUCUGGUUUCUUAUGUCUGAGUACGUUGGCCAGCAGAAAGAAGAGCAAAAUGGAAUCAUGCAGAGAGACUUACUGGCCACCGGAAUUAAGAUUCCAAAGUCGACGUCCUUGCACUCUUUACUUCAAGGAAAAGGACUUUUACGUGCACGUUUGUUUUUUACAUUCCUUCCGUACAUCUUUACUUUUGGGAAAAUUAAGGGAUUGGACGGAGAUGCAAAAUUUACAAAAUUAACGACUUUACGUUAGGGGCCUUCCACGAAUUUUACAAAGUUGUUAUUCCUUUGUUAUGCAAAUAAUGAACAUACCGUAAAUGAUGUAAUAAACGCCCACUCCCAAAUAAACGCCUCUCAUCUAAUAAACGUUCUCCCUAUCUGUUAAGUUUGUAUUAAACGCCCCUCUCUAAUAAACGUCCCCCCCCCACCCCCAUGUGAAAAUUGCUCCAAAAUACUAGGAAAUGGCAAAAUAAAGGAAAAUCAAUCAAUUUAUUGAUUUCAUUGUUUGAUUAACAUCGGUUUGUGUAUUAUGUCAUGUUCAAUUUCAAGUUCAAAGUAAGGAUAGCGAUCCUUGAUCUUCUUGAUCUCGGUGCGCACUCGUUAAAGUACCCUCUUGAUUGUAGCAAAAAAGAAAAUAAAAAUAAAAUAAGAGACGUUGGAGUGCAAAAGCCGUCAGCCCGCAGUCGAAAUUCUGUUAACACACAAACGUUUUUGGCAUAUUGUAUUAAAGGUUACAAGAAUAAACGCCUCUCUCCUUUAAACGCCUCCCAUCUGUUAAACGCUCCAUCUUGGACCCGCAAAAUUUAACAAACGCCCGGUCGUUUAAUAGAUCAUAUACGGUAUUCAAAGCGGCGCUGCGGACUUUACAGCAACUGCAACUCUGUGAUUUUGUAAAUUUUGUUGCUAAGUUCUGUCCUGAACAUAUCUAACAAAAAAUAGGGUGCUUAAAAACUUUGAAAGUUGCCAUUUGAUUGACACUUGGCAACGGUUCAUUUAUGUAAUAUGGAACGUGUGACGCGUUAUGUUGUGGCAAAACGGAGUCACAAUAUUGCUAUAAAGCACGUGUUACUGGUGCAUGCGCGUCAUUUCACAAAGGAUAUUUAAUGUGUUUCUCUCUUGAGAUGUUUACGAAACACGCUAGAGUUUCAAAAACACCAGAACAACUACAAAAUGUACUUCAACGUGAUUGAUAACUUAUGUCCGCUUUUAUAUUUCCUGCUGAUUUCAGGUUUCAUGGUCAAAUGCACAUCCCAAGGAUUCUAGUUCCUCUUGUGAAGAGGUGCUCGGAGAAAUAGUGGCCGAACUAAGCGACGUUACAUUUUUCAUAGCAGCCUCUUACAAAAGUCAAGUUGAUCUCAGUUACUUGUUCCUCCAGUCACAAAAGGUUUCAUUUCAGCAUGCACCCGUCGUACCACAGUAUGCCCACUCUACCAUGGAGACGGCGUUUAACGGUGCAGAACUUUUGUCUACUUUGUACCACAAUGAACCGGGAAUAAGACAAGCGGACAGAAAAAACCCUGAACCGAUGUUUGCCUUUGCUAUUAAAGUUUCUUCCGAUGCUGCCAAGGAUAUCAAGGUAAAUAGUUAACGCGGAUUGUGUUUAGCUUGGGUUCUUCUCUAGACACUGGCAAUAGACCUUAUUCAUGAUACCCGCCAUCUUUGCACGCCCUAAAGGUUUGGUGGGAAAAAAGCAAUGUCACGUGGUUUCUCCAGGGCAAACAAAUUAUCAAAGUUGCCAAUGGAAGAAAUCACGGUCGAGUUUGUUUACUGUAGACAACAGAAAUGAAAGAACUUAUCAUAAUUAAGCCGAUAACCUCAAAUUAUGGGUAAAAGCAGGAGCCGAGGUAAAGGUAAACAUCGUUCCUUCUUUAGAUACUGUAGCGACCGCAGAUGUCCUCACAGGAAACAAUAAUGACGUAAAUCUUGUCGAAACUCGAAAUGUACUUUUUGCUAGGCUCUUAAAUCAUCGUCUUGUUUUCAUCGUAUAAACAAACUUAGCCUGCAAGCAAGCUCUCCUAUUUGGGCGAGCGAAGCGAGUCUCGCGAGAACGCGCGAGCGAGCGACGUUCUCGCGAGGCUCGCUUCGCUCGCCCAAACAGGAGAGCUUGCUCGCAGGCUAAAACAAACUUGACCGCGAUUUCUUGCAUUGGCAGCUUUUAUCAUUUGUUCGCCCUCUGAGAAACCACGUGAAAUUGCUUUAUUCCCAUCAAUCCUUUAGUGCGAGCAAAGAUGGCGGGUAUCGUGAAUAAGGUCUGUUAAUUAAAUAGCAUUGAAAUGAAGGGUAUGCGUGUACAAUGUACCUUUCUAAUUUGGAGCACCAGUUCGAGUCCUUUUCCGACCUGUCGAUGGAUUAUUUUUUCUCGGUAGACCCGGUUUCAAGUAUUUGGCCAUGCUGUUAAAUAGCCAACUGGUUGCCUCCGGCCAGUUUGGACAUUUAAUUCAUUUUGUUCUGUUUGGAUUACUGGUUUGUUUUUUGUGAAGCGCCUGUAAACUAACUGGAAAAUCUAUGAUUUGCACAUACACCACAAACAAGGUAAUUACCACUGACCGUUUGUUGUGCGUUCAAAUGUUCUGGGUGUCCAAUGUGGAACGUUAAAACCAAGAACUUGCGAGAGAUUCCCUUUAAGCCAACUCUCUUCUUAACUAGUUAGUGUAUGUCAAGUCGUGUUACCGUUAACUUUGCAGGAAAUACUAUUUUCUCUGGGACUUCGCAGGAGUACUGUUCGGUACAGAAUGCUUUCUUCUAAGCAGUUGUGGCUCACACAGGUAUGUGUUAUCUUUCAGUUACGUUUAACUUUCCAAGAAUGUGCUCACGCUUGCAUUCUGGGUACAGCGGAACCUCGACAUAACGAUCCUCUAUAUAACGAAAUCCUCGCGGUAUAACAAACGAUUUUCUUUACCGCCAGUAACAGUAAAAUACAGUGGAACCUCGAUAUAACGAAAUCGUCGCGGUGUAACGAGCGAUUUUCUUUACUCCCAGUAAUAGUAAAACACAGUGGAACCUUGAUAUAACGAACCUCUAAAUAACGAAAUCCCCACGGUAUAACAAACGGUUUUCUUUACCGCCAGUAACAGUAAAAUACAGUGGAACCUCGAUAUAACGAACCUCUAUAUAACGAAAUCCUUGCGGUAUUAACAAACAAUCUAAUGAACACGUGGAUUUGUUUUUGCAGCUCAAAGACUUCUUUGAUGUGAGAGAUGAUCCGGUUCUUGGUUUCAGUCCCCCGGCAGUCGUGACAGUGUUUCACACUCAUGUGUGGGAAGGCACUAUUGAUUACAGGUUGGUGCAAGUAUUGAGGAGAUAACCGCGAAGACUUCCGCACGUUCAGCAAUUAGAUAGUGUUUACGAUCCCUUCCCUCUGAAAGGGACAUUGCAUUUAUUUUUUUUGAUAUGUAUUCCUGCUAUAACCGUAUAAACGUACCAAACAAGACUUUUAAAAACGUUGAUUGAAGUGAUUAAAUCGACUAUUGUGAAUCACAUUUUCGAUUAUAACUUUAUUUUGGAGCGGUCCUGUAUAAAUUGAGGAGCUUAAACAGCAACGACGACGUCAACGAGAGCGGCAAAAAAGCAAAAGGUUUUGAUUGGCAAAACAACAGCUUUGCUCGUGCAUCACACUUUUUUGCACAUUUCUUUGCCCUCGCUGCACGACAACGACGUGAAAAUACCUAAUUUCAACGUAAUGUGGAGCUCGUGAACAGAAUACAACGACUUUCUUUUUCUUUUCCUGAACGUCGAUACAGUCUCUUAGAAUUCAACUCCAGAAGACAUUGCCAAGAUUCAUUGACGAACUCAACUAGACUAAAUAAGCGGUUUGAUGCAGCCCGACUUCACAUUCUUAUUGACGUUUUCGUAGCCGUCGGCGUCGUCGUUGCUUAAGCUCCCUAUUGACUCACGAGCGGCAGGAAGUUAUAUCUUUCUGUGUGAAUUUGAAUGUUGUUUAGUUCGAGUGUUACGUGUGUUGUUUGCAGGCCGAUUCACCUUCCAUUGCGAGUUCUGGUCACCAUAGAAACCUUCAGUGUUUCAAGUAACAUCACAAUUGAGUCCACCGUCUCGUUACUAAGGUAACUCAAAACUCGUUCCCCAAAAAACGAUACUGAAAGCUUGUUAGCACUGAAAGACGUUCGGCGGGGGGGGGGGGGGGGGGUACACCCUUAUUUUGCAUAUAAAGGGAGGGCGCGCUUUACAGGGGUAGGUUUUUUUAAACCCUCUCCCCCAAAAGGGGUUAGCCAUUUUGCGGAAAUCUUUUCUAAAAGGGGGACGGUGUCUUUGUUCAACAGCAGGUGACAAAUUCGGGUUUCUUUGCCCAAAACUGGGUUUAAAAAUUGGGGGUUUUUUUCAAAAAAAGGUGGGUUUUUUCGGAAUUUUUUUUUCCUAAAACUGGGUAGGGGGUCAAACCCCCCCGGGCCUCCCCUUUCCCAAAAUUUGGGCCGGUCCCCCCCCCCCCCCCUCCGGAAAGACGUCCUUGUGGAUGACGACCACCAGUUGCUGCUUAUAUACAUGAAACUAGAGAGCUGACUCCUACGAUGAGUUAACGUUUUUGUAAGGAGUAGCCAUGAGCUAUUUUUGCGUUUCUUCCUGUGGCAGAUUUAUCAUCGAUGACGCUGCAUUGUACCUCUCUGACAAAUGUAGUGGAUCAGCCAAUAUUAAAAGUAGGUUGAUGCUUUGUGGUGAAACUUGAUGAAUAUAUUAAAUUAUAACUUUAUUAUGACAAUUGGAAAUCGCCAAGAGAAAACUACUGAUGCAUGACCACCGUGCGUUGAUGGUUGAAGAUGGUGUAAAUCGUCUUUUUGAAGUCCAAAGCCUUUUCAAAGCGCAUAAUCGGAUUUUGCUUUUAUUGAAAUGAUGCGUCAGUUAUGUUUUUCAAAUGUUGCCACGCCCUUACACUAUUUGGGUGUCAUUUUCAAAGACCUUUUUCUUUCCGUGUAUCCCUUUUGUCGAGUAUUUCAAAUAAUAACAACAAAUAUAAUGAGAAAAAUAAUUCGGGAGAAAACAGUUGACUUCCCCAUAAUUAGUGGCAUAUAUUCAUCGUACUGAUAGCUUUCUGAGGAUCCUUUUUAUGUAGUUCUGUUUUUUCCGCAUGACGGUAUCCAUGUUAUCAUUGUUAUUUUUUUUCUGUGUCGAUAUUGAUGAAGUUUUGUGGCCUUUCAGAUUAUGUCUGUGUCUUAGACCUUGGAAUGUUCGAAUUGUCUCUCCUGACAUGCGAUGGCAAUGAAAAGGUAAAAAAAAACAACAUAAUUUUUCACCGAUACCCCUUUGUAAUCUUCUGAAUGCUUUCCAUUGUUAGAGCGGUUAUCCACUGAAUGUCGAAAGCAAUUUCUAGUGUUUUUUUUUUUGUUUGCAUGUUUACGUCUUGUGAUUUCACUGACGAAUAGCGCGUCAUUUUCUCAACCAAUGAGACGUAUAGCCACAAAAAAUGCUGACUCACUUAUGCGCGCUGCGAGAUCGCACUUUUGUUGCCUCUCCUUUCCCAUCUCCUGCACGCUUUAACUUCUUACAGUCGGAACACAAACGAGGCCCCUGCGGAGAGGAGAAGGAUUACUUCAUCUUUUAAUGUAACAAGUAGCACUUUUGAUUGACUGGAAUCCGACCUUUUUACCAAUCAGGGUCACCCUCAGGUGGAACUGCGCAUGUCAAACAAUACAGUUAACAUCAGAACGUGUUCAGACUCGUGCUCAGCUCUGCUUCAGUUGAUACAGUACAUUUCAGCAGAUGGAGACCUGGCACCUAGUUAUGAGCAGGAAGAACCUGACACGGCUAAAACACCAUCCGUAAGUACAAGAAGUAACUGUAACACAAUAAGAGAAGAUCGCAGGAAAUCUUUUUUCUUGAGGCCGACAUACAGUCCCUUGACUAUUUUGUUACUAACCAUGAAAACCAUCAUUGGAAGGGAGUAUCGGAGGUGAGGGUGCACUUUGGAGGUAGGGUGGGGGGGGGGGAGGGGUAAAAACUAAAGUUAUAAACUUAAAACAGUGCAAAGGAAUUUUUGAAAAAAAGGAGAGCCGGCUUAGCGAGGCAGGUUACCAAUGUGAACAAAAGUCGUUUGAUAGCCUAUUCCAGGCGUUCAGAUUGUGGGGACGGCGCUCUCUGACUUCUCGCCGCACUUCACUAUCUGAACGCCUGGUACGGGCUAAUCGUUAGUAGAUUCUUGGUCAUUUUGCCUCCAUAAAAGGGCCAAUUCAGAGGAGGAGACAAAUUUCUGAAUGAAAACAAUGAGCCGAAGGCAAGUAAACAAUAAUUUUAACUUCCUCAACACUCCUUUAAUUUUCUCCUCAUUUUCUCAGACUCCAAGCCGCUGCCCAGCUGAGCCGCCAGUCAAGCAAGGGUCUGUUGAUGAAGGAACACUGAGUAGUAUCAUGACAGAGGCCAUGGUAGACACACACUCCCUUGAAGAACCUUCUUAUGACAAGGUACUGUAUCAGUCUGUGUUCAGAAAUGAAUAUUAAUGUAGCCUGUUUCAGGGGGCGUCAAUUGGAGCUGUAUUUUUGCUCGUCUCCCUCUUUGCUCCUUCCCCUCUAGAAUAUAGUGACGUAUUGAGUACACCCUGUACGAGUUGAACCACAGGAAAAAAGGGAUUAUUUGCAAAGAUUGAUUCUUACAUGCUGAUGCCUUAGCACGCGCACAUGACCACACACUCGUCACUCUCCUACGACCUCAAGUUUUAAACCUUGUCUCAUUGGAUUUAGUUAGAAAAGACUUGGUGAACGCUGCAGCUGUGGAACUGUCUAGUUUUGGAUGCACUUGGGAGGUUUGCCAAGUACUCAAGAAGCUAAAGUUGCUCAAAGCGUGACUCUUGCGCUUCUUUUGUGCUUUGCAGCUUCCGCGUGCAUCUACAACUCGGUGAUGGCUGCACGUUACACGUUUAUUAUUAAUACAGACUGUAUGGCGUCACGUCAGAUAACCAGACCAAGCUGCUUCAUCUGCCGACGUUUUUCAUUUACAGAGUUUUAAAGGAGAAUUAAGCCACCAGCUAUCCAGAUCACCUAGAAGAGAUCUCUUCUUGUUCCCAGACGAUGAGCUGCUAGCCAAUGCAGUAGAGGAUUAUUACCCGGCUGAAGAUAAUUCGCACGCGAGCUUAGGAAUUCCAGGAGAGCCAGAGGACGAGGAGGACGACAGCGAUGACGAUUUUUGCAUUCUAGAACAUCCUGAUAAAGAACCCGAGGGUUUGAGUCAUGAAGUCAUUAUCAAGUGUUUGACAGAUGAACCAGUCAGCAUUAUGGAAAAUCAUUUCACUGUUCCAGUAAGUAACAUCAGCCGCAUCCAUCCACGCAUCGCAGUUUUCAUUUGAUAUCUUUGAUAUCUUGUCUUGUCUAUCUCCCAUUGGGAAUUUCGCCUCCGACAUUUCGCAUUUCGAAAUGCUUCGAACCCUUUCAAAGCGCCGCAGAAUUUUUGUACUACGAGUAGGAAUUAGAGCGAGCCAAGGCGAAAAGUCCGAGCGCGCGGGGGCAACCCGCGGGUGUUAGUGUUCGCGUUUUUCGCAGGUUCUACCAUGUCUGAGGAAAACAAGGGAAUACAGUCUGAAGUAUUUGGAAAGAGAAUUGGCCACGUUCGUUUACCUUUGUAUAUACAGCCGAACCUCCGCUAACGGCCACCUCUCCACGACGCCGGCCACUUCUUUCCGUCCCGGUGAACAAAAAAUCCAUAGAUUGACUCUUGUUUAAAACUUCUGUACAACGGCCACCUCUUUACAACGGCACUUUCUUCUGUUCCCAAGGUGGCCGUUGCAGAGAGGUUCAACUGUAUCAUAUAAAAGCGCGAUCUAGUACCAUUCGGUGGUAUUAUCAUGGCUUUGACACCAAGACCGUUGCCCAUCCAAGAGUGAGUUUUAGACUGGUCUGCAUAAGGAAGAAAGCCUUAUCUCAUUGCUGAUAACACACAUCCAGCCUCGGUACUUGCAGGGUUUCAUAAUACGUAAUUCUUUGUCCCACGUAGAUGGGUCCAAGUGAUCAACUGAGCGCCCCAAGUCAUUACCCGCCAGCAGUGUUCUGUUACACUUUAAAGGAGAUGUCAGUGGUGUGGCGAUUGUUUGGCGGCAGAGACUUUGGAGGAACUCCCUCACGUACCCAGAGAAAAAAGUGAGUGAUGUAAAAUUUUUAACACUUAAACGAUUACCGACAGUUUCUUAGACUGUGUUCAUCCCGCACAACUUGGUUCCCAUUUUCUAAGGGAAAAGCCCUUGAGACUAGGUUUCCUUCCUCACUGCUCUGCGAGUCGGGCGGAUUAACUGGAAAGUAGUUACCAGGUUUAGUUAGGGAUUCAAAGUGCUGAGGUCCAGACAACAACACUGUUAAAAGAGUGUUUAAAUCAAAGGAGAACCAAAUAUUUUCAGGGAGUCGGAGUGAAAGAAUUAAAAACCUCUGCAGAUUUUGAAUUUCAUAUUACUUGCUCUAUGGCAAAGCAAGGCAAUGUCUACCUGCUUCUUCCUAAGAACACGAAACUUGGACCCCGUGUUUGGUUAUACUUUAAUACCCUGAUAUAACAAACUGCGAAGGGACUGGGAGACCUUACAUCGUAGUCCUGGCAUGUUCCGGUAAAUUGGAGAAGAUCGUUAAAUUGAAAUCUUCGCUGUAAGGUUUUUCGUUUUAACGUAAAACAGACAUCCUUGCUAUUGCUCCAAGUUCGCUAAAGACUUAUGAUCAAUUGCCAAGCCUCUUGGCCCAAGGAGCACUUGUAAAACUGCCUUCAGGUUUGUGAUGCAAGAAUAAUAUAAGAAUUAGGUUAAGUCCUCAUCAGUGACACGCGAAAUGCCUAAAAGAGUAUUGUUGCAUUUUGCUAUAAAAGGUGACCCUUGAGUGGGAUGUAGAUAAAGUUAAUACAGUACCUUGGGGAAAAGACUUAGGUUUUUUACUUUGACGAUUUUCUAUUCACAGAAUAAGUUUUGCGUUAGAUGAAAAAGGACAGGCAAGAGAUGGUUCUACUGCGGUCAGACCCAGUAUAUUGUUUCCUAAUAAUAUCGCAGCUAAUAGCUCGAAGAAAUUCUCACGCACUAGUGGAGGACCCAACAGAAAUAAUGACGUGUUAAUGGAGUUUUAUUUGAACAAGGUCAGUGAGCUUCUGUUUGCACCAACCUUGGGGAAGGUAAAUUUCCAUCUGACAUUGCUUGGUUAGGGCUGUCACCAAGAUUUCAAGUUGCCGGGUAAACCGUAAAAUUCCGAAAAUAAGCCCUUCCAUGUAUAAGCCCCUCCAAAUGUAAGCCCCCCAAACCGGUAACGCAAAAAACCCUCCGUUAGAUCUUCCCUCCAAAUAUAAGCCUCCCCCGGGGCUUCUACGUGGAAAAUUGCCCUCAAACACAAAGUAAAACAAAGCAAAAACAGUAAAUUUACUUCCAACUAUAAGGCUAGCCCAAUCGAUUUUGAAACGCAAAUUUCACUCCGUAGAUAAGCCCCACCGAAUAUAAGCCCCUCCAAAAUAAGCCCCUCAAAAAGGGCCUUUGAAAAAUAUAAUCCCCGGGGCUUAUUUUCGGAAUUUUACGGUACAAUAAGUAGGCGAAGAAUCAAACAGCUAGGUAUUUCUUUUAGAUCUGUUUUUCUUCUAUUUUCCUUUGAAAGUAGCUGGGGGCCGCGUUCAUAGUAGCCGGUAGCCUGGAGAAAUCCUCGGCCCCCGCUUCUUUGACAGCCCUGCUCGGUUAUUAUAUAGUUGGUUAUCAGUAAGAUACUUUGUUGCCCCAUCAUCUGGUACCCGAGGGAGUCGACUUUUUCUAAAUUGGUCAUAUUCACCCUUGCAAGCAACCUUUCUUUUUAACAAGAUAAAGGAAAUAUCACAGAAUUUGUAGAUUAUAGUGAAGCAGCCGCCCAAUAACUUAAGUUUAAGGUAAUUAGGGGAAGUCCUGUCUUUAAUGGUGCAUUUUAAAGUGUCCUGAGGCAGCGAGUCUCAAAUGAAUUUGUUUUUAUUGCUGAAUUGCUGUUCUUUUGCGUCCAGUUGGUUGGUAUUAUAACUACAAUUUUAUCACUUAUAAUCUGGCCAUCAACAGUAAAACUGUUCGUUUGGUUUUCGUAUCCCUCGAGUCGGAAAACAUUGUUAUCGGCAACGGCUUUGUUGAUUGAACAAGUAGCACUCUUUAUUUAGCUAUUUCUGUACUAGUGAAGCGAUUACAGCGGUUUGAAAAACAGUACCCUUUGACGAACAAAAAAUUUAAAUGAGUAAUUAGGAAAUAAAAUUACCCGAAACGUUAUUUGUCCCUAUCAGCUGGAUUGUGACAACGUCACGUUUUUUUUAGCAACUAUACCGGGAAAGACGAAAAAGAAAAAAAAAAAAGAACAGCUCGAGACACAGAUGACAGGCUAAGCCUUUACAAUCGGUUAAUAGAUAUCUUUUAAAAUCAAGCUAUUACUUUCUGAAAGAGAUCUUCAUUCUUUCUGACCUCUUUUCUUUUGUUUCGCAUUACCUAUCAUACUAACGCACAACGUGUUAGACUCUCCUUAGUGACAAAGUUAUUAAACUAAAAUAUGUAUAUCUAGCCGGAUUUUUGAAAAGGUUACCGCCAAAUGGACCUUUUCCUUUCGACAGUUUUUUAUUUUCGGUCAAAAAAUCUUCAAAGUAGCCAUUAGAAAAACUAAGAGUGCAACCAUUGCUCUUUUCUCUUCUCUUCCUUUCUUCCUCCUCGCUCUUUCUUUUUCUACUUUCCUUUUCCUUCGCUACGGUGAUUUUGGAGCUUAUCGGGCCCAAAACACCCCUGCCUUUAGACGCCUUUUGUACUCAAAUGACUGCAAAUUUCGUUAGUUUGGUUUUCAAAAAAUCGGCUAGAUAUGAUUAAAUACAAAAUGUGAAAAAUAGUUAAAUAGCUUUUGACUCUGUUAAAUAGAUAUUAGCUGUUUAUGGAAAUCAUCAGAUAUUUUUUGUCAUAUUCUUACUGAAUAAAAAUUGAGUCUUCAUGCAUGCCGUUUGAAACUACCUUCACCCGAAAAUGAAAAGAAAAAAGUACGGUAGGACACCUGUGACUUGUAACUUUCUGCUUUAACUCCUACAACAUAAGUUUCUAACUAUGUCUUUGACUGCUUUUCUGACUUCACCGAUUUUCCAGCAAUAAAGAAAUGGGUUCAACGACGAAUUGGAGUAAAGAACUGUAACAGUUGCUGUUAUUAGAAGCAAAGAAUCCUUAUUCUCACCAGUGAUUUGUAUUAUUACAACGACAAUGAUAAAAGGAACAAGAGUUAAAACGAGUACAAAUUGUACCCACGCCAUGCUAGAAACUGUGUUCUUAUAUUUUUUGAUGUUCAGUGGAAUUCUUGUUCCGUUUGACUGUCCUUGCUGAUCAUGAACUCGAGCUUGAUGACGCCGGAGUCUGUAGAAUAUUGUCGUGUAACAGAAAUUUGCGGUACCACAGCAAACUAUUAACGCAACUACAACCAUACAGAGAGUGAUUCUCUCUCCUAAUGUAAAAUACAAGAGUGCACCUUUAAGGCCAGUAAGCCAUAUACAACAUACAACUACGCGAGCUCGCUUGAGUGUCACGAGGUGUCUGUAUCUUAGGCCCAAGCGUAAAGCGAGAAGUCUGUCGAUACUUAUCGCAGCCGGACUAACGAGUGAUGCUCCGCCAGCGAUAUAGUUGACAACUUGAUACGCUGUCACCACGUAAUUUUCAGUGUUCGGAUCUAACCUUGCAGUAGAACCCAUUAUUAUUGUUAUUGAGGCGUGGAGCGGUUGUACAAUUAGACCAACGCACAGGUCCGUGACCGCCUGGUUUUGAAAAAGAAGUUUUGUCGGUGGAUGGAUAGAAGAAACCUUUUGAAGAGCUAUUAUGAUCAAUGUAUUACCCAGAGAUGCGGCAAUGGAAAGGCAGAUGUCUAAACCUGAAAGAAAUAUAACGAUUCCUGUUGGCAUGAGUCUUCUUGUUUCGUUCAGCUCAUUAGUGGAGUUUUCAUAUUCAGUAGAAUUUACGGUCAUUCUUCCUCUUAGGUGCGUGAAACUCUACAUAUAUUGUUGGUUGACUGGCUACAUUUAAGGCAACGUGAUAAAUUGUCGGCCUUUUACGAUUUUAUUCUUGCACCUGUGUUUUUUAACAUUUGAUAAGCGUGCGUGUCAAUUACUACUACGUAAUUGUAUUCAGCGAUUAGAGGGCGUGAGGAAGAUUCUCGAUUGGUAAUUAGGCGACGGGGAGCGAAAACCUCAGCCAAUCAAAAUGUGACUUUUGCCAGCAAUAGAAUACGUGUAAAAUGUUACUAAAGCUCAAUUUAUAACGUUCAUAAACGACGCAGUUCUUCGUUAUAUAAAUACCUAGCGGCAAGUGAAAGAAGGAGCUUUCCAAAAAAUUUAAUGUGGGAAGGUCAUUUUCUUUCAAGGAAAAAACCUGGUUUCAGUCUUCGGUAACAAACCUUUUGGUUUUUAUGCCUGUCACCUUUUUUCUUUGUUUAGGAAUAAUAGUUAACAAAAUGAUCGUCUCGGGCAAUUCAAAAUCAUUUAAGGAAUAAGACACUGUCAUUAUUUUCAUUCUGUUUUUAAAGACAUCCUGGCGCUGGUGUGUAAUUGUCGCAAAUAUAUAAUCAAAUGUAAAGCUCCGAAGAAAAUGUUAAAAUAUAUACACUUAACUCCCACAUUGACGUAGUUUCACAGUUCCGUAGAUAACCCUACCUGUAUCUUCCUGCUACCGUAAUUGUUCUCAGUGAACCAAUAACAAUCCAAGACUUAUUAAAGAUUCGUUCUUAUUGGCUAUGUUGGCCUCUUAAGGCCGCUGAUUCCCUAAUCCCUGACAAUUUUUUUGGGGGGGAGGGGGGAGUUUGUCGUCGCCCAAUGACUGCUCCUUAGGUAACUUUGUCAAACGGCAAACGCCAGAUUCUAGUUGAUAAUAAAAAUUCUGGUUCUAGAAAAUGAGCAGAUAAAGACUAAGACAAUUCUUAUGCAUGACUCUGGCGUAAAUAUACUGAUAUCUAUGCAGACAUAAUGAACAGUAAACAGUAAGUAAAAGGAAAACUUGAUCACGUUCUAGGAAUUAACGUUUUCCUUUUACCAUAAACUUAACUCUAAAUCUUUUCUAAUAUUUACAUUGUAUUUCCCUUAGAUUCGUUUGCAGUACGAGGAGUACCCUGAGCACACAGAGCAAGCCUCCAGACUGGUGGUGCUCGUGCAAGAUGUAGAAAUAAGGGACCGCUUGGCUCAUUCACAGAUUAACAAGUUCCUUUACCAGUACACAUCUGAGGCCUGCCCCAAACAGUCCCAUGCUAACAUGGUGAGGGACCUUACUAGUUUUUGGCUCUUCCAGGGUAACUUGUAAAAUUUUGCGAGAAUCUCAAUUUUGAGCUAAGGAUAUCGCCUCCUAUGACCGUACCCAAUGGUGAGAAGAGGUGUCUUUAAUUUUAGACACAAUCCGAACAAUUUUUUACAGGUUUUUUUUAUGUAUGGUUUGGUGUUUCCAGGCACAUUGGCCACCAGACGUUUGCUUUUACCUUCAUUUUCUUCAGAAGAACCUUUUUUCCCUAUGUUUUUGCUAAUUUCCGUUGAAUUAAAAACCGUUUUGUUCUGUUUAAAAGAAAGGAUUAUUGAGAGUACAAAGCGGUUCCAAUAAGAUUCAUAAAAUGGCCUUAAAUCGGCUCGGGACCAAACAGGAAAGAAGAAACACACAACUUAACGCAAAAACAAUGGUUUUUUCCCCAUACCGUGACAAGUCCUUAUAAUUCAGUGCUGAUGGUGAUAUUUGGAGCUUGAGCGGCCGCCCGUGAGAAUAUUCGCAAAAUGAACCGUGUAGUCACUUGGUGUCUAUUAGCCUGUGUGGAGCAAAACAAAAGUCGAAACAGCCAAGCCAAGAGAGAGCUUGCACGCGCGCUUUGUACCUAUCCAUAUUAUGUUCUUCUGUUUAACUAAGUUUCACGAUUCAUUCGAUAGAUUUUGCUCAAGAUGCUGUACAUACGCCCUGAUGCUGGACUCAAGGCGCAGGAGUGUAACCUCAGAGUGUCUAUUCAGCCGCUGAGACUGAAUGUAGACCAGGUAAUUAAUCUUCCACCUUUAAAAAGAAUGAUUGGCAGUCUAGACUGCGCUUAACUUUUUACUUGAUAUACGGUCAUUAUUGAUUUGUUAUUCAAGUGAAAACAUGCCGGUGAUCUUCUGCUACCUUCCUCUGGGUCUCGGCUUAUGUCAAAAAAUUUUAGUACCAACUUACUUGUGUUUUAUUCCUCACUGCAGGAUGCUUUGUUUUUCUUGAGGAACUUUUUCACCGAGAUCAUGGGAGAAGCUGCUAAAAAUCCGAAAGGUAGAUCAUGCUUUACCUGUUUUUCCUGUUAAGCUUGCCAGCGUUGCACGUUGCUUUUUGUAGGUAAUCCUUGAAACCUACACUGAACAAUACCCCUAUCACCACAACAUAACAGCCAACCAAAAAUACAUGAAGUUUGUGCAAUGUAAAGAAACAUUUCUAGUUCUGUUGGAAUAGCCAACCUUUCGAUUUCGUCUAGAAACUCAAAAGUUAGAAUUAACUUGAGAGCGAAAAAAGGUAAACUGGAAUGCAAUGCGUGGGAGUACUUUUAACAUCUGAAAAGAUCACACUCGAGGAUUAAGAUCAUGCACAGAAGUAAAGUGUUACUCAGAUCGCAAGCGCCCUAUCUUUGGUUAUUCCAUGUCAGUAUACGCCACAAAAGUGAAUACAUGUAGUGCUUUUCGCGCUUUUAGCUUGGUGCGAAUUAUAUAAGCCAAGUGCUAUUCACCUCCGAGCAGCCGGGUAGAAACGAAAACUGAACUGGACGUUUUUUCGUUGAUUACAGUGUCGGAUCCGAAAACAGUGGAAUUUAUUACUGACGAUCGUCGAACGUUCGAGGUUGUUCGUUGGGUUUAACCUGACUUGCCAUUUGACUUUACGAGCGUUAAUAUGCAUUCAUUGCAUGGUGCGCAAGAUUUUAGAAUUUCCGAAUCGGGAUUGACAAAAAUUAAGUAAUUUUUUGGUCUUCUGUUUAUUCACCUUGUGUGAAACAUAUUCUUCUAAAACAAAUAUUCACCCAGGGUGUGAGUCAGUGAGAGAUAUCCACCAUUAUUCACGACACCUUCUCUUCCGUGAAUGAUUGUUAAUUAUUUAAAUAAUAUUUUCUUUUAGGUUCCGCUGCUGUUGAUUCUAGUCCCACCAGACCACCCCCCUCAUCAGAUUGGUUAACAGAAUCUUCUCCCGAGGAAGCAACCCUGGUGAACUCAGCCACUGGGUCCGAAUCAGAUAGUCCUGAAUCAACCCCUACAUUCUUUAGGUCUUUUAUAUUUUGUCCAGAAGUCCCCAUCAGAUUGGACUAUCAGGGCAAGAGAGUUGAUAUGGAACAGGUAGGAACGUUUUCAGAUUUGUGUAGCACCCUCUAGGUUCUAGACGUCUUUGGAAUAAAGAUAUUAAGCUGGCUGCACUGAGAAACUGAGGUUCUCUGACAAAUGUUUAUUUGAGGUGAAGUGGAAAAGAGGAGGCAAUUAUUAUAUCGAUCUUUAAAGGGUCACCUACCAGUUAGCUUCUUAUGUAACGGAAUCUUAAUACGAACUGGGAAUUAGAAAAAAAUUCUAUUGAAAUGUCCUCUUUGUACAAGUUACUUUUUAAUCUGUAUCAGCGAGUGAUCGUUGCCCGAGUUGUCGGCUCUUAGCUUUCUCAUGCAGAAAUAAAGAGCCCUUGUGGUCUACUUCUCCCUCUAACACAGGCUAUGCUGUGUUUCACACAGGGAACUUUAGCUGGCUUAUUGAUAGGCCUUGGCCAGCUUAAUUGUUCUGAGCUACGUCUGAAACGCUUGUGCUGUCGUAGUGGCUUGCUGGGUAUAGACAGAGUCAUGAAUUACGCCUUAUCCGAGUGGAUGACAGACAUAAGAGGCACUCAGUUGCCCCGGAUACUGGGCGGGGUUGGCCCUGUUCACUCUUUUCUACAGCUGUUCCAGGGAUUGGUUGACCUGGUGUGGUUACCUAUUGAUCAGUACCGCCGAGAUGGGCGUGUCAUGAGGGGACUGCAGAGAGGGGCGAAUUCUUUUACCACCUCGUCCGCUAUGGCUUUCCUUGAACUUACAAACCGAGUUGUGCAGAUGAUACAGGUAAGGAGAGAGAUGCCGAAAAAAUACACUACCACCAGCAAAUAGCCUGUUCACAGACCGUCUGUUUUAUCUUAAGAGAUCGUUUAGCGCGCAUAUGGAAAUUAAAACCGUGAGGGAUUCGUUGACAAACGAAAACGUCUAUGGACAGGCUAACCAACAAAGGGUGUUUCUUGGUGUUGUGAAAACCAUUGUUGGUUAGCUAUUGUUUUGUGUUUGGGUUUUGUUCAUUGUGCGUUCAAUCAUUUGUAUGUCGUCAUUUGCUGAUUGCACCCAUCCUCAACGUCAAGACACCACUAAAAAUGAUCCUCAAAAAGCCUGGAUGUUAACGUUAUGGCCCCUAAAAUUUUCUAACCUUGUUGUCAUCAACUACCCGCAGAAAGAAUGAAAACUCACCAUUUUUAGACAUUGCACGUACAUUUGUCAGUUAUAAGUAGUACGAUGUUUUGAGUUUAGUUUGGGUCCUACUACCGUUGUGUGACCAACAGUCUUCUAGAUUAACUUCCAUCUGAGCGUUUUUAUGACCAUCAGGAACCUCAGCACUGCUUGACUAUCGGUGAUUGGGCGUUUGUUUUACAUUAAUGAAGAGUGUUGAUUACCCAAUGUACAAUUUAGUGCUUAUAACAAUAAAAGCGACUGUCGUGAUCAGCCUGAAAUAUUUCUGUUUUGUUUGCAGGCGGCGGCCGAGACAGCUUAUGACGUAGUGAGUCCAGCCUCCCCAGCAAAGCGCGGCCAGAAUCGGUUGGCUCAACAACCCGCUGAUUUGCGGGAAGGGUUUACGAAUGCUUAUCAAGUGUUCAAAGAGGUGAGCAGCGUGCCGGUUUACUACUGUUUUUUUAUUUUGUGUUUACUUUUGUGGCUACGAAUUUUGUGAGAGUUAAUUUCCACGAUUUCACAAGGUUUCUCAUAGGCGUCCCAAGCUCACCUUACGAAUUGCGUUACAAGCGAUCGUUAAGACGUUGUAUGAGAAUUAUGAUACUGAGGUCUGCGAUAAUUAAUAUCUUGGUACUUUGCCCUUUGAUCAAUAGACUAAAUAAAGUCGAUUUAUAUUUGAUGUAUUUGUGUGUGUUUCGGUGUGAAUUCAUUGAUUUAGUCGUCUUUUUGGCUCUAUUGCGUCCACAUCAAAACCCACAGAAAUACAUCAUAUAAAUCGUCUUUAUUUAGUUAAUUGAUAAAAAGGUAAAAUAUAACGAGAGUUAUCGUUCGCAGACCUCAGUAUUUUAUUUCGUAUACAACGUCUCUACGAUCGCUUGUAACGCGAUACCGACUCGCUCGCGUCAACCCUCGUAACGUGAGACUGGGACGCCUAUGGGUUUCUGGAAUGUAAUUUCCCGCUAUUUGGAGGGACCAAGUUUGGAAAAGAAGUUUUGUAUCCCGAGAAUCGCGAUGUUUGCAAAACUGCGACCCGAGGGAACAGUCAUUAAAUGAUUUGUUAUAUAGUCUACGAAGAAAACCUUCUACGUGUACAGUUGCAUUGUUACCCUCUUUUUGUAGUGUCACUUAUCUUAUUGUUUGGCGAAGUUAAAAAAGAUAUAAUAGAUAUAGUAAAACUAUUACAAGUGCAAUUUACGAGUGUAGCUAUUGUUUUUAUACCCUAAAAAUAUAGGCACACUUGUAAACUAUACCUGUCAAAGUUUUAUUAAAUUGGCUCCGGGAUAAGAGCUUUACGUCAAGGAUUCAAAGCGUUGGUGAAUUCAAAUAUUAUCAGUCAUCAAGAAAUGCUCUUCAAAAGUAUUUCGUCAUUUCGCUUCAUCUGUUCUUUGACUUUCCUCUUGUCUCUCGAUCUCAAGGGACUCGGUCAAACAGCCACAAAUAUCGUGCAAGUGGCCAAGGAAGAACACGAACAGAAGGGUGUAACAGGGGCUGUUGGAGGAGUACUUCGCCAGGUACCUGCCACUGUGGUCCAGCCCCUUAUUCUGGCUACAGAAGCUACUUCAAAUGUCUUGGGAGGGGUCCGUAAUCAAAUCCUUCCUGAUGCACGAAGAGAGGCUGCCGACAAGUGGCGAGCAAGUCCCUAAUGGCAAGAGCUAACUACAUAUAAGAGUACAAUUUUAGAGGAUUGAAAUACUACCAUAAUAGCAGCACAGGAUUCUACUGCCUUUUGGCGACGUCCACCGACCGGCUUUUAUAGUCAUGUUCACGUACGACUAUGGGCGCAGUAAAAAGCGCAUAGACGAGACUAUCUCCUGUUGCGUUAAGCUAUUCUUUUAAGAUUUUAUGUGAAGUUUAGUGGAGCCACACUAUACAGUGCCGAGACGAGCACGUCUUCUUGAGAGGGAACUGUUUGAAAAGCAGUAGCUAAGAAGUCCUUUUUUUUGGCUAUUCAGAGAUUCUCAACAAUUUCUACCUCUGUUUUGGGCGAAAUUGUCUGUCCAGUGUCUUUGAAAGAAAAGAAGAAUUAACGAAUGAAAAAUAUAACGAAAAAUUUGAAAACAAUUUUUUCACCUCAAAGGUGGAAUAAUCCUCCCAACAGAGACAGUUUUUUGUCCCAUUGUUACAGUAGGGUUGACUAUAUGUCUUGCGUUAAGAUGUUAAGAUGCACAUUUUAGUAGUAGUUUUUUACUUCUGCCUUAGACAGAGCUUUGCCUUAGGACGUAGUUAUUUGCAGUCGAGCACCUGUUAUGCCGAUACUAAAGAAGGUGUCCAGUCGCAGUGUGUUGGAGGAGUCUGUAGUCUUACUAGUGUGUAUCAUUCCGGCAGUUGUACUUAGUGGUCGAGAAUUUCGAUCAAAGGCGAAAACUUGUACUGGAAUCAUGUAACCGCUGCAGCGCCACCGUGUUUUACGGUUUGAAAUUGCUCCCUUGACAGACUUGAAUGGAAUGCGCGUGCCGUGCGCGUGCCUUAUCGGUAGAAUUGUUUAGUACGGUAUGCACAAAUGACCUUUGUACCCGGGCUUGAAAGUCGUACAAGUGCAUGGUGUACACCUACUUGAGUGCAAAAAGGUGUUUGUAUAGUGUUCUAUAAGUAGCCUUGUUAGCUCAUUAUUUAUAUCCAUUUUGGCAGGUAUAAUCAGUAACAGGGUUGGUUAACUUCCGCUCGUGUUAUCGAAAAGUAGGGAAGUUUCAGCCCGGGGAGGGGGGGGGGGGGUACUGCCAUAUAUGGGCUAUAUGGGUAUGUGCCGCUGUGAACGGUAUGGUUUUCAAGCAGUUUACUGUAGGAUAGGAUAUAUGAAUCAGAGCGUUUGGGUCUAGAAUAGGGUAUCAUUUUUCAGGAAACUGAUCAGUUGGUUGAAGAUUUUAUCUAGACUGGGGAAACAGCUACUCUAGGAUAGGGGGAUUUUGGGAGUUUACUCUAGUAUAGGGUAGCAAAAUUCAGCUGAACUAACUCUGGUAUAGGUCAAGGGUUCCAGGGUCCCAGCGGCACAUCCCCACCCAGAAAUUCCUAAAGUGCCCCCACCCCCCGGGAGUUUCAGUAGCGAUGUCACAACCGCGGUAAAGUACAGGGGAUAUAUUUGGGUUCAGCUGUACUUGUUUGCCGAUUGAUUACUACCUGUAUCGAGUUGUGUAUGAACUUUAGGCCGAGAUAGAACACCCUUGGUAUUUUAGCUGUAGUCAAUGAUUUCAUGUGGCCAGAUUCCAGAAAUAUUGUAACAUUAGAAAAUCUUUCCGUCCAGAGAGGUUAGAAACGGCUUGUAUAUCAUCUUAAACUGUGACACUAUAGCCUUCACUGGAAUAGUGAAAAGGAAUAGGAGAACGGCUUUGUGAUAAAUUUCAGGAGUCAAACGUUUCACGCGGUCUUCCCGAAUACGAAAAUGUACAGAUUUUUAAUUGUGAGAAUAUUAUAAAUAUGUACAGAAGGUAAAGAAUGUUUUAAUGGAAAUAUUGCAAAGGAAUUUCCACAUGUAUCAUAUUCCUCUUCUGUCAGUAAUUUGGGGGAAAAUGUAGACACCAAGAGUUUAAUAAACUAUUUUAUUU